UUUAGUUUAGUUGAUUGCCAAGGACCAGUCAUAUUUCGAGCUCUGGGCAUGCACCCUUUUGACUGAGUUCUGCAGCAUCCACCCGAAUCCCGGAACUCAAGUCACGCCCUCGGUUCGUUACAUCAACGGCUCGAGAGCUCAUCCUUACUUCUCAGAGCUCUGUCUUCUAUCUUUCUUUUGCACUCGAUCGAUAUUACUAUAUUAUCGAUCAAUAUUUUACCUUCGAGCUGCUACAGCUUCUGAUCUCCCCCCCUCCCUCUUUUCCCCACCUUCUCUAUUCUCCCCACGUCAAAAUGUCGAGUCAACCUCUCCUCCAAACCGCCCCAGGCAAACGCAUCGCACUCCCCACACGAGUCGAACCCAAAGUCUUCUUCGCCAACGAGCGCACAUUCCUCUCCUGGCUGAAUUUCACCGUCAUCCUGGGCGGUCUGGCCGUCGGCCUGCUGAACUUCGGAGACCGCGUCGGGCGCAUCUCCGCCGGCCUGUUCACCAUCAUCGCCAUGGGGUCGAUGAUCUACGCGCUGGUGACGUUUCACUGGCGGGCGCAGAGUAUUCGCAAACGCGGACAGACGGGGAUUGACGAUCGGUUUGGGCCGACCGUGUUGGCGUUGUCGUUGUUGGCGGCGGUGAUUGUGAACUUUGUGCUGCGGAUGAAGGAGAUGUAAUUUCAUUCUCUCUCUCUUUUUUUCCUCCCCUUGGUUGUUUUGUUUCUUCCCGGUCUGGAACAUCUCUUUUGUGACCGACCGGUGGCUGCUACGACUGUUUUUAUACGACUGCCCUCUACGACUUCUCUAUACAUGGACAAUGUACUCCACGGUCGAUGCUGGCACAGGCCCACGAAUGUACGCCAGCGGUCUUUGUGAUUUUUGUUUGGUGCAUGUUGGGAGUGGAUAGACCAUACGUUCUGGGGAUGGGGUUGGCGAUAUAGAUGCUCAUUCUUCUUCAUUGUUUUUUUAUCCAUUCGUUCAUUCCAAUGUUAAGCAUGCUGUGAUGUGUUUUCGAUCAGAUUGUACGGGACAAAAUAUCAACUUAUCCUUGGG